GCAUACGGACGCGUUCGGACAAAUGUGUUCUUGCCUGCGUACUUGUAUGAGAAGAAUAUGGCAAUGUUAGGUGAUAUCAAGCGAUGCAAACAGGGUGUUAUAAUAGAAUCCCUUGCAAAUAUAGAUAUUUUAAGAGUGAUUCCAGAACGCGCAUAUACGCCAAAAUCGAUAAAUGUAUUAUUAAGUUUGACACCGCAAGCUCAACCAAAACUUACAGCUCAAUUGGAUGUAUUUGAAUAUGUUCUCCGUCAUGUAUUGUCUAAGAAAACCGUGCCAUUAUGUGAUACUAUAAGUACUUUAGGAGCUGGUGCAGAGUCUCUUAUAAAAAAUUUGUCAUUUGAUUCUCAAGUCCUUGUUAAGGAUACAACGGUUGAACAAUUUAUUGAAUUGGCUCAAAUUUUCGAACAAUGGCCAUUUAGGCCAGUUAACUUACAU